UAGGGUAUGAUAGAGGACGCACCUCCUCUGUUCCUUUUGGCAUCCCACAUCCUAAAAGGCCAUGCUUGCCGUUGAGACUCUUGUGGCUAUCGCUGUGGCGAAGAUAGUAGCUCAGAAGCUCGCCAGCUGCAGUCUUCCUCCCUUGAAGGUUUAUUGUUGCAGCCUAUUCUGCAACUUCAGAGAUGAUCUAAGAGAUUUAGAGAAGGAGCUUCUCUGCCUUGAAGCCCAGCUCAAGGAAAAAGACAAGUGGUUAUUUGGCAUCGAGGUUGCUGACGAAGCGCAAACCGUGCUGGCGCAGAGUUGGCAUCGAGAUGCCAAGCAGCUGGCUUUUGAGAUCGAAGACACCAUUGAUGAGUUUGUCUGCUCCGAAGAGUUCUACCAUGAGAGCACCUGUGCCCACAAGGCAUCAUUACUCUGUUCAUAUUCGAAUCCGAUUGCGGCUAGAGUAUGGACAGUGAAAAGGAUGAUAUCAGAGACAAAGAAGCUGAAUUCAGCCAUCAAGUUAAAUGAACGAUAUGGUACUGGACCUGCUGGCACUGGUUUAGAGUCAAGGAAGUUUGCUGAGAAAGAAACAACCUCAUAUGAUGGCCCAGAUGAAGUCAUUGGUAGGGCGACCGACCUGGAGGCAAUUGUGGACACUAUAAAGGAACAGGCGAAACGACUUUCCAUUAUUGCCAUAGUUGGGCCUGUAGGUGUUGGGAAGACAUGUCUUGCACGGCUUGUAUUCAACCACCUAGAUAGUGGGAGCAGAUUCCAUCGCAGAAUUUGGGUUUAUGUACACAAGUCCUGUUCCAGAGUUGAUAUCAAAAGAAUUGGGAGACAAGUAGUUUCACAGGGUCUUCUGGUGGGUGAAGAAAGACCGAGUGCUGAUUACACAAUGCAGGAAAUUACGACUAAGGUUCAUGAGAUACUGAAAAGAGAAAGAUGCCUCAUCGUACUAGAUGGCUUGUGGGGUACAGAUGAUGAUGUGCAUUCACUGAAACAGAUGUUCACAAGUUGUAGUGAGGACACAGAAAGCGUAAUCAUGGUGACCACGCACAACGAACAAAUUGCUCAACACAUGUCAACUCUUCCGUUGUACAGAUUGGCUCCUAUGCUUGAAGGUGAUUAUUGCUCAGAUAUCUUUGUGAGCGCAUUGCGUGGUCGCAAUUCACUGUUCCCUAGAUACAGAAAGGAAAUUAUUUCAAGGUGUGAAGGCGUACCUCUUGUUGCCGAUUUCCUUGGUAGUAUUGUACGUAGCGGUGGAUGGAAUCAGCGUGCUGUUUGGGAAAAUGCUAGGGACAAAGACUUGUGGAAAUUAGAGGAGGAUUAUGCUGCUACACUAAGCAAGGAGUUGACGUUGUUUGCCCCCUUCAGGUUAAUGUUCUAUAAUAUACCUCAUGGUCUGAGAUUGUGUUUUGCAUACUGCUCAGUCUUCCCUAAAGGAUCUCGGAUACACAAGAGAAAGCUUAUUCAGCAGUGGAUUUCACUUAACAUGGUUGAGCCUGCUACACAUGGGUCCGUUACAGCUGAAAUGAAUGCAGAGAACAUCAUAAAGCAACUAAAGGCUAUCCAUCUCCUUCAGGUUGAUAACCAUGCUGAAGGAAGCUCCGGCGCAACAGGUGAGGUAUUACGCAUGCAUUACAUGGCAUAUGAACUGGCCCGUUUCACCUCGAACAAAGAUAUCCUUGUGGUUUUAGAAGGUGAAGAGGCGGCGGUCAGCUCUUUUCCUCAAGAAAGAGAUGAGGCCAAUCGGACAUGUUGUUUUUCUCAAGAAAAGGAACAGACCAGUUUGACCUAUUGUGACCAUCGCUAUGCACAACUCCCAGUUUUUACCAAGCAUCGUCCACAGAAGGUCAGGUCGCUAAUUCUGAUACCCACAACCAAUCUGCAGGAACACAAACCUGUGAUCCCUGUUGCUGUCAGUGAAGUAAUCUCAGGAAAUAAGUACUUGCGAGUCUUGGAUCUUAGCGGAUGUGGUAUCACAGAACUACCAGCUUGUGUUUGUCAGCUGAAGCAGCUAAGGUACCUUGAUGCCUCUAACUUGGACAUGAAAGAACUGCCUUGUGUGGACAACAGUUUGAGAAAGCUCGUUUAUCUGAACCUACAAGUCUGCCGCAAUCUUCGACGGGUGCACGAGUCAUUUGGCAUGCUUUCUAGUCUAAAAUAUCUUAACUUAGCACUGUGUGUUGGACUCACAAAAUUGCCUGCAUCAUUCAAGAGACUUAGAUCGCCUCGGCAAGAUUGCACAAUUGACUUAUCUGGCUGCCAGGAGAGUGUAGUGUUACAGUUUAAUUCUGAGCUCCAAGGUGACCAAACUCAGCCAAACCAGGUUCCAGAUCCUCAACCAGAUCAGCUUCCUCAGCCUGACAAGGUUCCAAAUCCCCAACCCAUUCAGCCAGCAAUAUCUUCCACGGAAGACAAAAUUACGGGAAGCCAUCCAGGGCUUCUGUUGGAGUCAACUUCUCUGGUAGAUCUAGCCGAUGAACAAGAGGAAUCUCAGCCAUCGCCAGAGACAAACCGAGGACAUCGUGCAUCAUUAUCAUCAAGCGACUCAACAUUUGGGGAUCCAUAUGACGGCAAAACAACAGGUAUGAAAGGAGCAGUCGGAUCAUCUACUUCUCUGCAGUCAAGUCUUGUUGAGUCAGCAAAAAGGCAUGCCAAUGGUACUAAAGUGCAUCAACCCAUUGAGAAUUUAGCUCAAUCCCCAGGUGGAUGCCAGGAUUUAGAGGGCACAAGUCAGGGUCCUAAGAAAGCAAUAAACAUAGCAGCUGAAAAAAUUCAUGUGGUAAUUACCAGCAAUCAACACGGAGACUUGCAAAUCCCGCCUAAGUUAGAGAGCUCUACCUCUUCAGUUGAUGCAAAUGGUUCCAAGCUUGAAUACAUCAUGGAGCAAAACACUAGUGAACGGAAACCAUUCAUCCCUAAUGGAGAAGAGUUGAACCAAGGAUCAGUCCUUUGUUCAUCCUGCUUAUUAUCGACGUCACAGGGCACAAAGCCUUCAGAAAUCUACACCACGACUAAGCACGUUAAUAACUGCAAUACAACAGGUACCCUUCCACUUGGGGGCAUACUAGAACUGCAACAUCGCUCUGUGGAGAAGCCGCUCGACAUGCAGCAGAAUAGGGAGUCUGAAAUGAUCAGCACAUUAGAAGAGCACGUUAUGCAAGAUACAAGUGGGAUGGCAGACAGAAUGAGAGAGAACAUUAGAGAGCACCAACUGAAAAGAGGAGGAGAUCCGCCAGGAACUCUAACCAAGAUGACAUUUGAGCCAUCGUGCCCGCGUGCCUGAAUGGGCGCCAGACCUGCCCUUUCCCUGAUGCGAGGCUGGGGGUCGUGGCGAUGGCUCUCUGGCUUCUCCAGUCGUUUCACCAUAGCGUCCUUGAGCUGAGCAAGGAGCGGACUCCCCCGGCGGCGGCCGGCCGCCGCCUCCGGCUCUCCCCCGCAGCGACGCGUCGCGAGUUUGAAACAGCCAGAGACUGGGCCUUGCCAUUUCCACCAAUCUCUCACUGGACGUUAGAUAUUGCCCGUAUGGGCCUCGUAGGAUAGCAUCUUUUUAUAACCAUAUAUGGGCUUGCAGAGUUUGUCCGUACGUUUUACGACUGGGUUGGGCUGGAAAAUUUUCGGAGCCCAAAAAUUAAGUGUUCCCUCCGAUUCGCCAAAAUCACUCCCACACACAAGUACUGCAUUCUCUCCUCCAGGAAAAAAAAACUACUGUCUAGAGUUUGUAAGAUUUAAAUUCUUAACCUAGCAUAGCCCUUGGCUAUAUUUUAUAAAAUAAGAACUUAAGAACUAUUCUUCCAAAAAAUGAUCCAUCCAUUAUGUAUAGAGUUGUUCAUUACUAGUAUUUUUUUCCCAUUUCUGUCUAUAAUUUUCUUGAUCUUUAUGUAACGUAGCCCAGUUUCGUGAGGUUUAAUGCUGUUGCCUUUAUUUUUAUAUUUUUUUUGAGAAGUGUGUAAUACUAAUACUGCUCCAUUGUACUAUUGGAGCCCAGCAUAGCGUGAUUAAUGAAUCCUCGUUAAUAAUAAUAAGUUAACAGUC